GGAGCAACCAGGACUAGAACCUGGCGCCCAUAUGGGAUGCCGGUGCCGCAGGCAGAAGAUUAACCUAGUGCGCCAUGGAGCUGGCCCUGGAUUUAAAACAUUUUUUUUCACCAAAAUAAACUUAUCUUUAAAUUCUGGUUGUCCAGGAACUUUUUGAAGUACCUCAUAUUUGUACUUAUGGGUUGCUGAAACAUUUUAUUAAUUUGUUAUCGUCAACCUCCUUGUUUUAAAGUUGCUAGAUUUCCAAAUUCUGGAUGCCAGAAGCUCAACAUUUUAUGGUAGUGUGGGAAAGGACUUCUCCUAUAGUAUGUGUCAUGUGCACAGGCUAACUGGUCUUUCCUGCUCACCUGGGGCUUUCCUGUACACCACUCAAAUAAAUAAAUAAAUAAAUAAAAUCUUAAAAAAAAAAAAAAGACACUGGUUAGGAUGACCAUUCCUGCACAGAGGGCCUAAGCUGGAUUUUCCUUCCAGGCUUCUGACUCUCACUUCCGGUUAACGUGGGCCCUGGGAGGCAGCAGGUGAUGGCUCAGGUGGCUGGGUCUCUGACACUCCCAUGGGAGAUGUGGAUUGAGUUCCUGGCUUUGACUUGACCCAGUCCUGGCCACUGUGGGCACGUAAGGAGCAAACAAAUAGAAUGUAGCUCUCUCUCUGACUCUCAAAUAAGAAAAAAAAAAUGCAGAAUUUUUCUCAGGCACCACCCCAGACCUCCUGAAUCAGGAUCUGUAGUUUUUUUUUUUUUUAAAGAUUUAUUUUAUUUAUUUGAAAGCGUUACAGAGAGAGGUCUUGCAUCUGCUAGUUCACUCCCCAAAUGGCCACAACAGCCAGAGCUGAGCCAGUCUGAAGGCAGGAGCCAGGAGCUUCUUUUGGGUCUCCCACGUGGGUGCAGGGGCCAAAGGACUUGGGCCGUCUUCUGCUUUCCCAGGCAAUAGCAGGGAGCUGGAUCAGAAGUGGAGCAGCCAGGACUUGAACCAGCACCCAUAUGGGAUGCCGGCACUGUAGGCCGGGGCUUUAACCUGCUGCACCACAAGGCCAGCCCCAGGAACUGUAGUUAUUUGUAUUUAUUGGGGUCUCACUAGACCCAAAUCCAGUUCAGUUGAGUGCAUUCUCACCUGGAGGCUGUGGGGAAGAUUCGCUUUUCCAAUUCAUUCCAAUUGUUGGGAGAAUCCAGCCCCUUCCAGUGUAGGGCUGAUGUCCCCAUUCCGUUCUGGUUCUCAGCUCCUGUAGGCUGCAGUCAAGCUGUUUCCAUGUGGCCCCCUCCAUCUCCCAAGCCAGCAAUGCCGUGUUUCAUAUAUAGAAUUUAUUCUCUCUGUUACCGGCUACAGAAAAAUCUCUGCUUUUUAAAGGCUCGGAUAAUAGGUUAGCACUACGUGGACAAUCUCUCCAUCCUGUUAAAAGGAAUUGUUUAUUUUUGAUUUGAGCGGUAGAGGGGGAGAGGGAGGGAGAGAAGGGAAGGAGACAGAGGCAGAGAACUGCCGUCUUUGGGUUCCCUCAACAAAAUGCCUGCAAGAGCCUCUGUCUGGGGCUGAAGCCAGGAGCCAGGAACUCACUCCCACGUGGGUGACAGGGACCCAGCGACUUGCACCAUCACCUGCCUUCUCGCAAGGUGCAUAUUAACAGGAAGCUGGAAUCAAGAGUGGACCCAGGACUUGAACCCAGCCACUCUGAUAUAGGAUAUGGGCAUCCCAAGUGUGUCUUAACUGCUGGGCCAAAUACACACCGCUAAUCUCCCUUUCUUAGAGCCAACUGGCUGGUAACCUUAAUUAUAUCUGAAAAAUUUCUUCUGCCAUACACUGUGUCAUAAUUGUGGGAGGAAUCAGGGAAUGACCAUCACGGGGCCAUCGUAAAAUUCUUCCCAGGGGCUGGUGUUGUGCUUACUGGCAUCGCUUAUCAGAGUGCUGGUUCAAGUCCCGGAGGCUCCUCUUCCCAUUGAGCUCCCUCCUAAUGUGCCUGAGAAGACAUGGAAGAUGGCCCAAGAAUUUUGGUCCCUACCCCCAUGUCGGGGGCCCCGGUGGAGUUCCUGGCUCCUAGACCUGGCUGUUGUAACCAUUUGGGGAUUGAACCAGUGGAUAGAAGUUGUAUAUUUCCGCCCCCCCCUCCCUCCUCCCUUUCCUGCCCCCUUCUCUGUUGCUCAAAUAAAUGAAUCUUUCAAAUAAUAAAUCUUAAAAGAAUUCUGCCUGUUGCACCUGCUGAAAUUUACUGCUUGUUUCCCCAUGACUGCACCGUGAGCGCAGGAAAACUCAUGUUUUAGUCUUCAUGUGAUUUUCUUUCUUUGGUCUUGUUACAUCUAGCAAUAUUACUGUGUCUCACCCUGUAUGGGCCAAAUUGUUCUCUAGGACGUAGAAUACAUGACAGAAAAAGAGACUACAGCAGAUUAAACAGGGUUCAUUGUAGACUUGAGUUGUGGCCGAGCAGUGUGUGUUACAGGGGGUUUGCUGAAGGAGGGUCCAGGUUGCUAGAAGUUCUAGUCGGAACCAUUUUGUUCAUCUAUGUAUUUCUGACGGUUAGUGCUACGUUUACAACACGUGUCAAGUAUAUGCUUUCUGGAGAAUAUGCAUCCCUCUAUGGAACUUGGCUAUUUUUAUGUUUGCCUUUUCUUUGAAUUCUUUAAUUGUUUUAAAUAAAUUUGAAACUGAUAUUCCCCCUCAUCUUCAUUUUUUAAACUUAAUUAAAAGUUCAUUCACAUUAAUUGUUUUGCUUCUGUUUUGAGCAUUGAAAUAAAUUCUCCUAAUUGGUAAUAUAUAGUUGUGAUAGCGUUAAGUAGUAAUUCCUAUCCCAUUGUUUUGUGACUAUUAGUUUGUCAUAUAGCAGGCCCUAACAAAAAGUUAUUUUGGCUUUUGUAUUUUAGAUGAUUUUGUUUUAUAAUGAGUGCUAGAAUCUAUCAUGGCUUUUUCUCCUCAUUUCUCAAAUAUCCUUCCAUAGUUUUGCCUAUUUAUUUUUUCAAGUGAGUAUUUUUUUAGAUGAAUUAUUUAAAAAAGAUUUUAUUUAUUUCUUUAAAAGGCAGACUUGAGAGAGAGACAGGGAGAUCUUCCAUCUUCUGGUUCACUCCCCAAAUGGCCACAAUGGCGAAGGCUGGGACUGGUGCUGAGCAAGUCUCUAGCCAGGAGCUGGGGGCUUCAUCUGGGUCUCUCACAUGGGUGCAGGGGCCCAAGCACUUGUGCCAUCCUUCGUUGCUUUCCCAGGCCAUCAGCAGGAGCUAGAUUGGAAGUGGAGCAGUCGGGACUCGAAACCAGCGGCCACACGGGAUGCCGGCAUCACAGGCUGCUGCACAGUCUGCCACACCACAAUGCCGGCCCCUCGAGUGAAUUUUAUCAAGUCCUUUAAUGCAUUCUGUUGAGUUUUACCCCAUCUUUGCUGCUUUGUUAGCCCAACAUGUUGCUGUCUUUAACACGUGUUGUCUCUUUCUGCUUAAGCAAAGCUACACUCCCAUUUAUUCGUGUCUUCCAGGCUCUGUCCCAGUAGUUUAGACCUGUAUUUGUUAAAGGGCUCUGUCAGUGCAUCCGUCACCCUGGGCCUGCGCGAUGCUGCUGGCCCUGCCAGGGACUGGCUCUCCGCUGAGUUCUCCUCCAUGCCUGUGCGUGCAGGGACCCCGGAGCUCCCGUGCACUCUGCAGGUCCUCCAAAGCCUGCCGCUGGGGCUUCUCUUAGUUCCAUGGGCUGGACGAGGAGGAGGCAUCAUGUGAUCAGUCUCUCCCCAUCUCCCAGACAAUCUGACCCUUUGAAAGAUGGAGAAAGAGGCCGGCGCCACGGCUCACUAGGCUAAUCCUCCGCCUAGCGGCGCCGGCACACCAGGUUCUAAUCCCGGUUGGGGCCCCGGAUUCUGUCCCGGUUGCCCCUCUUCCAGGCCAGCUCUCUGCUGUGGCCAGGGAGUGCAGUGGAGGAUGGCCCAGGUGCUUGGGCCCUGCACCCCAUGGGAGACCAGGAAAAGCACCUGGAUCCUGGCUCCUGCCAUCGGAUCAGCCCGGUGCGCCCGCCGCAGUGCGCCAGCCGCGGCGGCCAUUGGAGGGUGAACCAACGGCAAAGGAAGACCUUCCUCUCUGUCUCUCUCACUGUCCACUCUGCCUGUCAAAAAAUUAAAAAAAAAAAAAAAAAAGAAAAAAGAAAGAUGGAGAAAGAGGGUUUGAACGUUUUUCCUCCCGGCCGUUCCCGGCUUUCUCUUUGGCUCUCCCCAGCACCUGCUGACUCCUUGAGCCCUUGCUGUGUAUAAAGCCCAGCCCCAGGCCACGGUCCCCUAAUUCUGCUCCGUCUCCUGAUGGGGAGUCAUCCUACGCUGCCAUGGUAGGGCUUUAUGCCUGCUGCCAGGGAACUCCGCAGCGUGCCUCUGUGAUGAUUGGCACGGCUUUGCCAGAACUUCUUUUGCUUUAUCCACUUUCAGAGGAGAAGGUCGGAGCGUGGAAUAAUAGUACUGAAAAACCGUGAGUGUUUUACCCUCUUGGUGUGGCUUCUGGCUAUGUGCGUUUUCUGCAUUUCCUGGGCUUUAUCUCCUGGCUUAUUGGCGAGGGUUUUGCAGCUUGGGAGCCUUUGAGCUACAGCGGUGAGUGGGACCACUGUGCAUAGUUGCUAGCCUUCUGCUGGCAUAUUUUCUUUAUUUUUAAAAAAAUUUAUUUUAUUUAUUUGACAGGCAAAGUUAGAGAAAGAGACACACACACAGAGAGACCACCUGUCUACUGGAUUGCUCCCUAGAUGGCUACAAUAGCUAGAGCUGGGCCAGGCUGAAGCCAGGAGCCAGGAGCUUCUUCCAGGUCUCCCAUGUAGGUGCAGGGGCCCAAACACUUGGGCCAUCUUCCACUGCUUUCCCAGGCCACAGCAGAGAGCUGCAUCGGAAGUGAAGCAGCCGGGACUCAAACCAGCACCCAUAUGGGAUGCCAGCAUUGCAGGCAGCAGCUUUACCCAUUAUGCCACAGCGCCGGCCGCUGGACAUUUCAUAUAAAUGGAACCAUACAACGUGUGGCCUUUUGUCUGAUUUCUUUUGCUUAGUAUAAUAGUGUCUAGGUUCAGCCAUGUUGGAGAAGGUACUUCAUUUUUUUUUAAUUGCCAAAUACUAUUCUAUUGUGUGGCUACAUUCCAUUAUGUUUAUCCAUUCUAAAACUGAUGGAUUUAUUUCCAGUUUUUAUCUGCUAUGAAUAAUGCUACUGUGAAUGUUUGUGCACAGGUUUUCAUGUGCAUGUGUAUUUUCAGUUCUCCUGGGUAUAUACCUAAGAGGGGAGUCGCAGCUCUGUGCUUUAUCUUCAAAGAACUAUGAAAUUCGUUUUACAAAGCAGCUGCAUCAUUUUACACUCCCGCUAACAAUGUAUGAGGGUUCCAAAGUUCUGUACGUCCACACCAAUGCUUGUCAUUUUCUUUUUACUUUAAUUAUUUGAGAGGCAGAGAGACAGAGGGAGAGAGUUUGCAUCCACUGGUUCACUCCCCAGGUGCCACAUUAGCCAGGACCUGGGCCUAGCCUGACGCCAGGUAUCAGAAACUCCAUCCAAGCCUCCCAUGUGGGUGGCAGGAACCCAACUACUCGAGCCAUCACCCUGCCUUCCAGGGUCUGCGUUAGCAGGAUACUGGAGUCAAGAGCCAGAGCCGGAAGUCAAACCCAGGCCCUCCCAUGUGGGGUGAGGGUGUCUUUUUUAUUUUUUAUGUAUUUAUUUAUUUGGAAGGCAGAGAGAAAGUGACUGACAGAUCUCCCAUCUGCUGGUUCACUCACCAAAUGCCAAUACAGCUAAGGCUGGGUCAGACUGAAUCCGGGAGCCAGAAACUCAAUCCAGGCUUCUAUCUAUGUGACGUGACAUGGUUCUGUUUUAUUGUCUUUCAAUCUAGGAUGUUUGGAGUUUACUCUUCCUACUUGUUCCGACUAGAACCUCCAGAACAAUCUUGGAAGAAAGUGAAGAAAGCAGAAACCCUUUUCUUGGUCCUACGCUUAGGGAGAAAGCUUUUAGCCAUUCACCAUUACAUAUGAUGCUUGCUAUGGAUUUUCAUAGAUCCUGUUAUCAAGUUGAGGAAUCAAUAGCUAUUUGAGAAUGGGUAAAUUUUAAUAUAGUUCUUUUUAUAAACAAUUUUUUAAAGAUUUAUUUAUUUAUUUGAAAGUCAGAGUUAUACACACACACAGAGAGAGAGAGGGGUUCCAUCCACUGGUUCACUCCCCAAUUGGCCGCUAUGGCCAGAGCUGCACUGAUCUGAAGCCAGGAGCCAGGAGCUUUUUCUAGGUCUCCCACAUGGGUGCAGGGACCCAAGGACUUGGGCCAUCUUCCACUGCUUUCCCAGGACAUAGCGGAGAGCUGGAUGGUAAGUGGAGCAGCCAGGUCUCGAACUGGCGCCCAUAUGGGAUGCCAGCACUUCAGGCCAGGGUGUUAACCCACUGCACCACAGCGCUGGCCUCAAUAGAGUUCUUAUAAUCAUGUAUCCGUCACGAUUUCUGCCCUGGGGGAUUGUUCAUUAGUGCACCCAUCCCUAACAGAUGCUGUGAAGGUACUUCUGCAAUUCCUCUUGUUUUUGCUUUUAAAGCUUUGCAUUUCACAUUUAGGCUUAUAAUACAUGUAAAAUGUAUUUCAUAGAAAGUACUAACUCAGAGAUGCCAACCCUGUCAUCUAUCAAUUUUCCCAGUGCCAGUUGAUAGCAAUGUGGAAGGACGACAGGAGUUGUCCCAGGGUUGUGCACUGUAUGGCUGCUCCAGCAAAGGGAGGGGGACUGCUGGACAGGGCAGGACCAAAUGGCCACCACCCUGGGUCCUGUGUCACCCACAUUGCAUGGCACAUAGCAGGCGGUCAGCAGGGACUAAGGACUUCAGUUCUGCUGUAGUUGGAACAUUUGUUCCCCUCAGCCUAGCCCCAAAGUCUAACAUUAAUGGCACCAAGAGGGUAGAAACUUAAUCCAAUUAUGGUGUUCAGAGUGGCUGCUUUCCCAGGCCAUGGCAGAGAGCUGGAUUGGAAGUGGAACAGCUGGGACUCGAACUGGCGCCCAUAUGGGAUGAUGGUACUGCAGGUGGCGGCUUUACUGGCUAUGCCACAGCACCGGCCCCAGCGUCCCAUAUCUUAGUGCCAGUUCAGUCCUGGCUGCUCUGCUUCCAACUAGCUUCCCGCUAAUGCACCUGGGAAGGCAGUGGAAGAUGGCCCAAGUGCUUGGGUCCCUGCGCCCAUGUGGGACACCAGGAUGGAGUUCCCGGCUCCUGGCUUUGGCCUGGUCCAGACUUGGCUGUUGCAGCCAUUUAGGGGAUUGAAUCAGGAGAUGCAUGAUUCUCUCUCUCUCUUUCUCUCUCUCUCUGUGUGUGUGGGGAUUGAUUCUGCCUUUAAACUGGCUCUCAUUUGGAAUGCAGGUGUUGUAAGUGGUGGAACACGCAGUGCUGCCGCCAGUGGCUCGAAUAAAUAAAUCUUAAUAAUAAAAAAACCUGCCACCUUCUGAGAACCACUAGUGCCGCUGCCAUGGUGCACGAUGCCACCCUCUACCAGGACUCCUGUAGCGUCUCCCACAUCGCCUCUGCCUCUGCCUCGCCCUCCACUCUGGGCUCCAGGCGGGGGUCCCUUAGAGCUUCCCACCCACCUGAGAGCCAGAGGUCCCGACCCGUUCCCUGCUCCGGGUCGUCUCCUGCCUCCCUCCCCGACCUGCUCCUGCAGCACGCCCUCCUCCCGGCCUCUGCCUGGGACUCAGCUCAGCAGCCCGUGGGAUCCUCUCCCUCUUCCCUCUGCUCUUGCAAGCUUUUGCCUAUCUGUGACCUUUAAUUCAUCACUUGUGUCUUCAGCAGUGUCUUAUCUGCAGCGUGCCCAUCCACCGAGCUUUCAAUAGCAAAAGUGAUGGCUCUUGAUUUUUACAAGUUGCACCUGAUUAGGUUACUUUUCAAAUCUUCCAGGAUUUCUUUUAAAGCUGUACCUUACUACUUCUCUUAUUUCUUUAACAUUUUAAGCAGCUAAUUUCAUUUUUGUACUCCAGAAUUCCAUUACCUUAAACCUUUGGGGCCUGAUACUGUUGUCUGUCUUUCCUGUUGCAUUUCUCCAGGGUGCCUGUGUUUUAUAAUUUUGCACUGUGAGUUCGGGUUUGUCCGGAGUCGCUCAGGGAUUGGGGAGUGUUCUUCCAGGAAGGAUCUGUGGUCGCCUCUGACAGGUGCCCAUGGCGCAAGCAUUCUGGACCACUUUCAGUAGAUUUCUCCCUUGGAGGAUGGUGACGUCAAUUCAGCAAUGAAAAGUAGAGCCCAGAGCCAUGGGAAGCAAAUCUCAAGGGGGGAGUUUUUCUUCAUACAGAGCCCGUAGCCAGAUUUUUUUUUUUUUUUUUUGGUGGCCCCCACACAAGGUUCUACCUCCUAAAGGCUUCUGGCUUUAUAGGGUUCUCUAGUUCCUACUGCACACCUUGAAUGUCACCUCAGCCUCUCUGCAGCACAGUCUGCUUCCCACCUGGCCACUGGCUCCCUCGUCCUCUUUGCCUCAGGGCAUAGCCCUUGCUCUCUUAUGAGCGCAGUUCCAUAUUUAAAAACAUGCUUAUUGUAUGUUCUCCGCGAUCUCGAGAGUUUCUUUAAUCCAUGCAUAGGUAAUACUAUAUUUUCAGUUUUUAAAAUUUUUUAAGAUUUAUUUAUUUGAAAGAGUUAAUGAGAGGCAGAGGCAGAGAGAGAGAGAGUCAGAGAGGUCUUCCAUGCACUGGUUCACUCCCCAGAUGACCGCCACAGCUGGAGCUGAGCCAAUCCGAAGCCAGGAGCUUCUUCCAGGUCUCCCAUGUGUGUACAGGGGCCCAAGGACUUGAGCCAUCCUCUGCUGUUUUCCCAGGUACAUUAGCAGGGAGUGGAUUGGAAGUGGAGCAGCUGGGAGUUGAACCGCCACCCAUAUGGAUGCCAGUGCUACGGGCCAGGGCUUUAACCUGUAGCACCAUAGCGCCAGCCCCCACCAUACGAUCUUUAGUGCUUAGAUCAUCCAAGUGUCUUCAUGGUAAUACAUUAUGGGGAUAGACAAUAAUAUUUAAUCAUACUCUGUUGUUGGACAUUUGUGGUUUUAUUUUAUUAAUAUUUUGCUAUUAACAAGGCCAAGUUUAUUAGAUUUUAAAAAUUAUCAUUUAUUACAAGAUUAGAUCCUUCUACUUCUAUGGUAUUAAGAUAUCAACUUGUAUUUUAAAGGUUUAUUUAUUUUGAAAGUCAGAGUUACAUAGAGAGAGGGAGAGAGAUCUUCCAUUACUGCUUCCCUUUCCAAAUGGCUGCAACAGCCAGGGUUGGAUCAGGCUGCAGCCAGGAGCCAGGAGCUCCAUCUGAGUCUCCCAGGUGGGUGGCAGGGCCCCGGAUUUGAGCCGUCUUCUACUGCCUUCCAGAUGCAUUAGCAGGAAACUGGAUGGGAAACAGAGCACCUGGGACUUGACUGGCGCUCAUAUAUAUAUAGGAUGCCAGCGUUGCAGGUGAUGAUUUAACCUGCUGUGCUACAACACUGGCCCCCACAACAGUACACAUGUGGGAAAGUAAGCAAAUAACCCAAUGAGAACUUUAUUAACUGUAAGAAAGAUAAGGGGCCAGCACUGUGGUAUACCGGGUAAAGCCGCCUCCUGAAGUACCGGCAUCCCACGUGGGCGCUGGUUGGAGUCCCGGCUGCUCCACUUCUGAUCCAGCUCUCUGCUAUAGCCUGGGAAAGUUCUCUGCUAGGACCUUGGACCCCAACACCUGCGUGGGAGACCCAGAAGAAAAUCCUGGCUCCUGGCUUCAGAUCGGCACAGCUCCAGCUGUUGCAGCCAUCUGGGGAGUGAACCAGCAGAUGGAAGACUUCUUUCUUUUUCUCUCUCUGCCUCUGCCUCUCUGUAAAUCUGUCUUUCAAAUAAAUAAACAAACAGACAAAACUCUUUCAGACAAAGACGUAUGAUUAUGUGGGCUUAUUAGUGAAGAAUAUUUACAUAGUGGUUGUAAAGUUACCCUAUGGAAAACAGAAGUUAUUUUAAAAGUGUACAUUGCAUUGUGUAUAGGUUUUUGAAAAUAAACUGUAAUAAAUAACCUUAAACAUUCUGUUAGUGGGAGCAGUGUGCUAGUGUUUAAGAUGCUGGUUGGGACAUCUGUAUCCCGGUCUGAAUGCUUGGGGUCAAGUCCGGACUCUGCUCCCAGUUACAGCUUCCUGUUGGUGCUUAUUCUGGGAGACAGCAGAUGAUGACUCCAAUAGUUGGGUCCCCACCGCCCACCUGGGACACCUGGCUGUGUUCCCAGCUAGUGGUCUGGUCUCGCCAUCUCUCCAAAAGUUGCAGGCUUUUGGAUACUGAACCAGUAGAUGAGAGCUCUGUAUGUCUCUCUUUGUCUGUUUCUCUCAAAUAAACCUUGGAAUAAAAAUUAAACUGCAAUAAAAUAAACUAUUAAGUAAAUUAUCCACCUCAAAAAUAUCACGGUAAGGGGCUGGCAUUGUGGCACAGUGGGUUAAGCCACCUGCUGUGAGUAUUGGUUCCAGUCCCGGCUGCUCCACUUCUGAUCUAGCUCCCUGCUAAUGCACUUGGGAAAGCAGCAGAGGAUGGCCCAAGUACUUGGGCUCCUUCUGCACAUGUGGGAGACCUGGAUGAAGUUCCUGUCUCCUGGUUUCAACCUGGCCCAGCCCUGGCUGUUGUGGUCAUUUGGGAUGAACUGGUGGCUAAUGUGCUUCACAGGCACCUUAGCAGGGAGCUGGAUCAGAAGUGGAGCAGCUGGGACACUAACCUGCACCCUUAUGGGAUGCCAGCACCACAGGUGGCAGAUUUACCUGCUAUGCCACAAUGUUGGCACUGACUACAAUUAAUUUUUUAAAACCACCUCAAGAAGACCAUACUGAGCCUUUAAUAUUGCUAAUUGAAUUUUUAACACAUCCUCAAUUUUGACACCAUUUUUGCAAAGCCUUGUAUCCAAACAGUAUUUCAAGGUUGUAAAACGAGGUCUUAAGACAUAAAGGUCUUUAAUGUCCACAAAAUCUUCAGUAGACUUGGAAAAUGAUAGAUUUUCAGUUCUCCUAGAAGUCCUGCCUUGCUUAGAAGAGAGUUGCUUGUCCUAUUUCCGACCUUAUUUUUUCUUGAGUUAAAAGGGGCACUCUCCUUUUGACACCAACUACAGCUAGAACCAGAAACCACCACAGAGCUACGUGUUAGUCUGUGGCCGGGCACUUUGUAGAGAGAUGAGGUGUCUUCAGCGCACAGUUGUGAGAUUUGAGAGUGUGACACCAGCAUGUGUCUGGUUCUGGCGUGCUCUCUCUGGCUGCACUGAGAGGGAGAAGGUCAAAUGCUAAGGCAAAAAGCCUGAGGGACUCAGGGAUCAGACACGGUCUUUCUGCACAAAGCAGCUCCGUGAGAGCUAACGCAUUGCGUGAGACCUGCAUUAAUCCCGGCUCCGGGAGAUGCCUCCCUGACUCACCCCCAGCCAGCACCUCUCACGCCUGCACACUGGGGCCACGCUUCUGGGACACGAAGCCUCAGGGACCAUUGCAAACUAAGAGAAGGAGGGAGGCAGGAUUCGUGUGCGUCUGUGUGAGGCGUGGUAUGAGCUGGCCAGGUCUUCGUCUUGCAUAGUAAGAUGUAAAAGACAGUGUUCGGAGUGGAAAGAAAUGAAGAAGUAAUGAUAUGAACUCGGUGGUUUAAAAGGAAGAAAUGGACAGAAAGGAGAGAGAGGAGAGUUGAAGUGAUCGGUUCCGUCUUCAGGGUAGGUGUGGGGGAAGGGCUGAGGCCAUGGAACUGCUGUUUGUAGCAUGGCUUUGCCUUUAAAAGCAACCACUGUAAAAAUAUCACUGGACUUCGUCCCAUUAUCCAAAGUAAAAAUACAUGCAGCACACUCUCUCAGAAGGCUCCCUCCCACCUGGCCCACUUUCCUUUCUGCCUUCUCUACUCCUAACUCCUUCUCUUCUUUUAUAUUCUUUCAGGACAUUUUUGCAACUAAGGUGAGUAGAAAUGUAUCUGUCCCUCUCUUCCUCAUGAGAGAGCGUGCUGUAGACCCUGACCCUGGUCUUUUCUCACUCUGUCUAAAGCUAUCGGUGAUACCCGGGGUGACUCCCGCGGCACAGCAUCUGGUUUACCCAAUGCAUUGUCAUCUGCUGAGCCAGGCUUCUGCCAUAUGCUGCCACUGGACGCCUGGGCUCUGUCCAGCCUCUUGGUGCUAUUCAUAAUGCUGCAGUGUGCCCGUGUCAUUUCAAGUGUAAGCAAAUAAAAGGAAGUGGAAAAUGUGUAAUAUAAUUUGUCAAAAAUUCAUAAUUUGCGUGUAAAUAGUGUAUGUCACGGUGAGUUAUUCAGAGGACAAGUUAGCAUUCAUGUAUUUCUCCAAGCAUCCACUCGGCAGAUCAGAGCUCUGGCUCCUCCAGUUUCCCAGGCUGUAGUCACAGCCAGUCGAAGCCCGGCACUUGCCCUCACAGUGUGCUGCUGGGUGAUGAUGUCAUUGUGAAGUCACGUGGCAAAGAGGAGGAAUGACAGUGAGCGGUGGCUGGCAAGAUAACUGUCAUUCACUGUGCCACACCUCAUUGCUUGUGUUUUCUGCAAUAAGUAGUUAUUGCCUUUGUAAAUUAGAAGAAUGCUCAGCUUUUGUUUUUAAGAUUUUAUUUAUUUAUUUGAAAGUCAGAGUUACACAGAGAGAGAAGGAGAGGCAGAGAGAGAGAGAGAGAGAGAGAGGUCUUCCACCCGCUGGUUCACUCCCCAAAUGGCCGCAACCGCUGGAGCUGUGCCGAUCCGAAGCCAGGAGCCAGGAGCUUCUUUCCAUUCUCCCAUGCAGGUGCAGGGCCCAAGGACUUGGGUCAUCUUCUGCUAUCCCAGGCCACAGCAGAGAGCUAGACUGAAGAGGAGCAACCGGGACUAGAACUGGCACCACAGGCAGAGGAUUAACCUAGUGCGCCGCAGUGCCGGCUCCAGAUGCAGAUGCAUAAGGUAGUGCAUCGUGGUGGAAGGAACAUAUUCUCUGGUGUCAGAUAUACUCAGAUGAGGUCCAAUUUUUGGCAGCCUUAGCCUUUCUGAGCCUCCAUUUCACCACGCAUAAAAUGGGGAUGAUAAUAUGUAAUUGGGUGUUUAAUUUUUUUUAGACAGAAUUUAAAAUAAUGCAUGGGAGAUGCCAGGGACCCUGAAAUAAAUGGUGGUUUCUACGAAUAUUCAUCAUGCAAGCCGGGAUGUGUCCGGAGGAGGGGCAGUGAUACAACUUGGAGGCGGUGUUUGCCGGAGGUUAGCAGUCCUUGAGGUCAAAUCUGGCUCCUAAAAAGAGUCAAGGGAAUCGUGGACCUAACGGCUGCCUCAGAAGCCUGCCAUCGCCCGCUAUGUGGGGCACAAUGGCACCCCCAACAGGUGCAAAUGCACUCUCUUCAUUGCUGCUGCUGGUGACCAUGGCAGGUUGUGCCUGUCAGCAGUGCGGCAAGGGGAGGACGUACUCCAACGCCGUCAUUUCGCCCAACCUGGAAACCAUCCGAGUCAUGCGCGAGCCCCAGACGUCCCCGGUGGAGGACUGCACCGCCGCUUGCUGCGACCUCCCCAGCUGUGACCUGGCCUGGUGGUUUGAGGGCCGCUGCUUCCUGGUGAGCUGCCUGCGCCAAGCGAACUGCGAGCCCAAGAAGAUGGGGCCCAUCAGGUCUUAUCUCACGUUCGUGCUCAGGCCUGUGCAGGGCUCUGCACAGCUGCUGGACUACGGGGAGAUGAUGCUGAACAGGGGCUCCCCCUCAGGAGUCUGGGGGGACCUGCCUGAGGAUAUUCGAAAGGACUUGCCCUUUCUAGGCAAGGACCGGAGCCUAGAGGAGAUGUCUGAGUACCCGGAUGACUACGGGGAGCUAGAGCAGGACCUCCUGCAGCCGGUCAGCAAGCAGGAGCCCCGAGGGAGGGCUGGGGACACUGGCUGGGGCCUGCUGCCCGGGAGCGAGGGAGGUUUCAACUCCUCUGCGGGCGACAGCCCAGCACCAGCGGAGAAGCCACUGGACCCUGAGCUCCGUGACCUGGACCCAGCACGCCGGAAACCCAACGUGUCAGCUUGGACCCCUGCCCCCAAACGCUCCCCUGAGAGAAGCUUGGUGACGACCCCAUCUUCAGGAGAGGUGUUAGAGAGAGACAAGGCUUUUCCGCUCCAGGAACAAUCCAGCAACAGCUCUGGAAAAGAGGUGCUAAUGCCUUCUGAGAGUCCUCCAACCAGUAUGGAGCCCAGCUCGGCCCCAUCAGAGAAAAGACCUGUUAUUACCAUCAGCCCCUGGAGCACAGUGCACAGCGCCCCACCGCUCCCCACCAGCGCAGUCCCCACUGGCUCCACUCUACCCGAGCAGCCCACCUCUCCUACCCUUGCUCCCGGGACAGGUGUAACCUUCAGAAAUUACAGCUUGAAAGAACUCAAAGUGUCUGCUGGAGAAAACCAGGAAAUAACUUUACCCAACGCGGAAGUCCAACUGGAGGCCUUCGUUGUGCCGGCGCCCCCUGCAGAAACAACCUACAACUAUGAAUGGAGUCUAAUAAGCCACCCUGCAGACUACCAAGGGGAGAUAAGACAAGGACACACACAAACCCUUAACCUCUCUCGACUGUCAGCAGGGUUUUAUGCCUUCAGAGUGGCUGUUUCCAGUGAAAAUGCCUUUGGAGAAGGCUUUGUCAAUGUCACCGUUAGGCCAGCCAGAAGAGCCAACCUGCCUCCCGUGGCGGUCGUCUUGCCCCAGACACAGGAACUCAUCCUGCCUGAGACAUCCGCACUCUUCGACGGCAGCCAAAGCACAGAUGAUGCUGAAAUAGUGAGCUAUCGCUGGGAAGAGGUUGGCGGGCCUCUCCUGGGCCCCCAGGCCUCGGUGGACUCCCCGCUCUUGCACUUGUCAAACCUCGCUCCUGGGAACUACACGCUCAGGUUGACCGUAACAGACUCGGAUGGAGCCACUAACUCCACUACGGCAGCCCUGAUAGUCAGCAAUGCUGUGGACUGGCCGCCAGUUGCCAACGCGGGCCCAAAUCAGACCCUAACUUUGCCCCAGAAUUCCAUCAUUUUGAAUGGAAACCAGAGCACGGAUGAUCACCAGAUUGUCCUCUAUGAGUGGUCGCUGGGUCCUGGGAGUGAGAGCAAGGAGGUGAUCAUGCAGGGAGCGCAGACCCCAUACCUGCAUUUGUCUGCCCUGCAGCAAGGAGAGUACACCUUCCAGCUGGCGGUGACGGAUUCUGCGAGGCAGCAGUCCACCGCGGUGGCCACCGUCCUCGUGCGGCCAGAGAGCAACAGGCCUCCGGUGGCCGUGGCUGGCCCCGACAAGGAGCUGGUCUUCCCCGUGGGGAGCACGGCCCUGGACGGGAGCAGCAGCAGUGACGACCACGGCAUCGUCUUCUACCGCUGGGAGCUGGUCAGAGGCCCCAGUGUGGUGGAGAUGGAAAAUGUGGACAAGGCAGUAGCCACCGUGACUGGCCUUCAGGUGGGCGCCUACUGCUUCCGCUUAACGGUGAGAGACCAGCAGGGACUGAGCAGUACGUCCACCCUGACGGUGGCUGUGAAGGUGAAGAAGGAAAAUAAUAGCCCUCCCAGAGCCCGGGCUGGUGGCAGACAUGUUCUUGUGCUUCCCAAUAAUUCCAUUACUUUGGAUGGUUCAAGGUCAACCGAUGACCAAGGAAUUGUGUCCUAUCUGUGGAUCCGGGAUGGCCAGAGCCCCGCAGCUGGAGACGUCCUCGAUGGCUCUGACCACAGCGCAGCCCUACAGCUCACCAAUCUGGUGGAGGGCGUCUACACUUUCCAGCUGCGAGUCACCGACGGGCAGGGUGCCUCGGACACAGACUCUGCCACCGUGGAGGUACAGCCAGACCCUAGGGAGGGUGGCCUGGUGGAGCUGAUCCUGGAGGUGGGCGCUGGGCAGCUGACGGAGCGGCAGAAGGGCACCCUGGUGAGGCAGCUGGCCGUGUUGCUGCGCGUGAUGCACUCGGACAUCAAGGUUCAGAAGAUCCAGGCCCACUCGGACCUCAGCACCACGGUUGUGUUUUACGUGCAGAGUGGGCCACCUUUCAAGGUUCUCAAAGCUGCUGAAGUGGCCCGAAAUCUACAUAUGCGACUGUCCAAGGAGAAGGCGGAUUUUUUGCUUUUCAAGGUCUUGAGGAUUGACACAGCAGGGUGCCUCCUCAAGUGUUCUGGCCACGGCCACUGCGACCCCAUCACAAAGCGCUGCAUCUGCUCCCAGCUGUGGAUGGAGAACCUCAUCCAGCGUUACUUCCGGGGCGGCGAGAGCAACUGUGAGUGGAGUGUAUUCUAUGUGACAGCGCUGGCUUGCCUGCUCACCGUGAUGGCGGGAGGCUUAACGCGGGUUUGCAUCUGCUGCUGCAAGAGACGGAAAAGGACAAAAAUAAGGAAAAAGACAAAGUACACCAUCCUGGAUAACAUGGACGAGCAGGAAAGAAUGGAGCUGAGGCCCAAAUACGGGAUGAAGCACCGAGGCACAGAGCACAGCUCCAGCCUGAUGGUGUCUGAGUCUGACUUUGACAGUGACCAGGACACCAUCUUCAGCCGAGAAAGGAUGGAGAGGGGGAACCCCAAAGUGUCCAUGAACGGCUCUGUCAGAAAUGGGGUCUCCUUCGGGUACUGCUCCAAAGACAGGUAAGGGAGCAGCUGGAAGUGGAAGGCCCUGCACAGGAACCCUGGAACCCAGGACCUCGAUUGGCAGCGAAAGCUGUGAGUAGUGCAGCCUCAUCCUCCCACAGUGGCCUGGACCUGUGCUCUGCUAAUUAAAGGGCCUGUGUGCUCGGCGGCAGAAAGCAAAGCCAAAAUACUGCUCCUUUAACUGGAUUGCUUGCCAGUAGGAAUGAGAACUGGGUAACGCUUCAUGCACUUAAAAGACUGCCUGUCUUGUAGCUGGUACAAUAUUCUAUUGCCCGUGUCAAAAUACAGAUGAACACCUGUUUCUAUCUGUGGCUUCUUAGGAAAGACUCCCUUUGAACCAGGGCUCGGUGAGGGCUGAGUUUUCACUAGGUAUCUGUAUGUACCUCUAAGGCAAGCUUUCCAAACACGGUUUCUCUUGUUGAGCCUGCAAUCGGACGGCUGUGUGUAUGGAAAGGGGUUAUUUGGGAGGCCUGCAUCACCCCUUGUGCAGCGAGCGUUCUGUGCUGACCACAGCAUCCACGUGCUGUGUUUUCAUUAUGGUACUUGACUGGCGAGUGGCAGAAGUAAAAAGUUGAUGUGUGUGAUUUUUGUAAAACAGUUUCUUUGCUUAUGCGUACGCCUUGUGCACAGCUAACCAGUUCAAUGCUAGUUAUGGCACUAGGAGGAAAUGUGAUACUUUUUACCCCAGUGUUUGGCUUCAUCAUCUCAGAAUCUGCCCUUGCUAGUGCCCAGGGCUGCGUUGCUUUUGUGCACGCCAGGUGGCAGCCCAGGUAUGAGCCUGAUGGUGGAGAAAGCAGAAACCCCCUGCUUGAAGACUCGGACAUACGCAGUGAGCGUACUCAAGUCGUCCUUAGGACCAGGAGAGUCUCUGUUCUCCGGUUGCAGAACGCCCUCUGCAGGCCUGGAGAGGUGCAGCAACUUGCCCCAGGUCCCAGCCAGCAAGUGGUGGCUCUGGGAACUGGGUGCAAACUUUAUUUCAAUGGAAGGAUCCAUGCAUGCCACCUCCCCUCCCCUCCCGCCACUGCACAAAGAACCCUGGCUCUGGAGAGAGCUGGACCCCAGAAUGUGGGGUCGGUCGGGCAUUUGCAGGGCUUGCUGGUUGACAUGUGCUUGCAGUCUCUGGUUUAGGUUCAAGGAAGGAAGGAGGAUUCAAACCCACAGCGCUUGCGGGUUAAGCAUGUUUAUGUCUAAAGAACCUCCUGAAAAACAUGCAAUGGGAUAAGACAAUGGAUGACCCAGUGCCAGCCGUGCUGCUCCCUUGGGCAGGGAGCAGGGGCGGCCCGGCCCCCAGGGACUGUGCUUUGUGUCUGGGUUUAGGUGCAUAAGUGUAUAAUUUCCCCCAGGUGUCCGCAAGAUGUCAUUCCUAAUAUAACGCUAUGAAAUAUUUGUACUAACCUAAAUAACGGCAUCUGGGCUUUCUGCAAUGCGUAGUGAGAUUUCAGGGAAAAUGGGUUGUCUUCACGCUUCUGUGUGCAGGGAUGGGGAACCUGUUUUUCUGCCAAGGGCCAUUUGGACACUCAUAACAUCACCCGUGGGCCAUGCAAAAUUCUCGACUUAAAAAGAAGCCUGCUACAGAUUGAAUGACUUUCAAGCCUCACUUGUGGCUGCCUUGGCGGGGUUGGGCGGGGUGGGGGACAGACCAAACAUUCCCCACCCCUGGGGGAGGGAUUUCCCUUGAGGGUGGAUCAGACACAACUGCCGGCCCCUGUUUUUGCACACCCCGAGAGCUCAACAAAUGGGUGCGAUGUUUUCAAAUGGCUGAAACAAAGUCCAAAAAAUAUUUUGUAACACACGAACUAAAUGAAACUCCUAUUUGUGCUUAUCAAUAAAGUUUUAUUGG